CCAAAUUCUUGCUUCCUAUUCCAGCUCAGUAGGUGGCGGUAGUGCACCUGUAGUUGUAGACGGCCAACCUCCAUAACUCCAUAACCUGUAAAGAAGCAGCAGCUGUGUGUGUGCGCUGUGUGAGGACGGAGCUCAGUGAAGGAACAGAAUGGCGCUGCACCGGCUCUUCCAGCUCUCCUCGCUGCUGGGCUCGGCGCUCAGGGUGACUUUCAGGAGGAACAUUGGGAUCUCCGCCGUGCUCUUCAACCGGGCCAAGGAGCUCGACCCCGUCCAGAAAAUGUUCGUGGACAAAAUCCGCGAAUACAACUCCAAGAGCAAGAGUGCAGGUGGAGUGGUGGAUGCUGGACCCAGCUACCAGAAGAAUAUGACAGAAGAAAUCACUAAACUGCAGAGGUUAUAUGGAGGUGGUGACCUCACCAAGUUCCCCGACUUCAAAUUCCCAGAGCCCAAGCUGGAGGAAGUGGCCAAGUGAGUGUUCCUCUGACGAGAGCUACAUAUAUUUCUGUCUCAUUCUGAAUGGUUGAAGUAAAUAUUUAAUAAACAUCGUUGGUGUAAAAAUGUGAA